AAUUGUGGUUUUAGGAGCUGUUUUGAUAAGGGUUGUGAACUGGGUGUGGAUAACACCAAAGGAGCUGGAGAGGUACCUGAGAAGACAAGGUCUUCCCGGAACUCCUUACACGCCUCUUGUAGGAGAUAUCAAGAAGAAUAUUAAAAUGUUGAUGGAGGCAAGAUCAAAACCCAUCUCUCUAACGGAUGAUGUCAUCCCAUAUCUCCUUCCUCUUGCCUUAAAGAUGUUCAACUCUCACGGUUUUACCCAACAAAGAACAAUAAGAGGAUGAAAGCAAUAGACAAAGAGAUAGACACAAUACUGAGAGGUAUGGUGAGCAAGAGGGAAAGAUGGAGAAGCAGAACACAAUGAUUUGUUGGGGAUACUUCUUGAAUCAAGUUCAGAGGAAUCUGGAGGAAAUGGUUUGAGCGUAGAAGAAGUUUUGAGAGAGUGCAAGCUGUUUUAUUUCGCAGGACAAGAGACAACUUCAGUACUCUUGGUCUGGACAAUGGUUUUACUAAGCCAUCACCAAGAUUGGCAAGAACGGGCACGAGAGGAAGUGAGACUAAUCCUCGGUGAUGAUAAUGAUACUAAACCAGACAUAAUGUUCACUCUCCUCAGAUAGUCAUGACCACUCGUCCUCAGUUCGGAGCACAUCUCAUCCUCCACAAGCUCUGAUUCUUAUUUUUGUAUUUCCAUGGUGAUAUCAUCAACUGUGUUUUUUUCUUUUCUAUAAAGUGUUUAUGAAUGUAAAAGAUGGUAGUUCAAAAAUAAUGUUAAAGGGAAGUAGUGUUUACUGUAACUCAACUCUGAUGUUCUGUUGGUGCAAUCCCAUCACUUAACCGACAACACUUCGCGUCUGACACACACGCAAUAAUGUUAAGUUCAUUAUGAUUAGUGGUUCUCUUUUUUUAUUAUUAUAAAAAUGCUUAGUGUAUCUCUUUUGAUGAUUAAAAAACUGCAAUUAUGCAGUAGGUAAGAUUCAGGUGGUAAACCUUUACACCCCAUUUUCAUAAUUCAUACUGUAAAGCUGCUUUACACGUCACUUAACCAACCACACUACUCUUGGCAAAUUAAAGACCUGAGAGCAGUUGGUGUAUCUCUUUUGAGAUUUAAUAACGUCUGCAAUUAGAUAGAAAACCUCUAAAGCAUUGACAUAUAGCUCCACUGGUGGCAAAGCAUUUGAACUGUACCAGUGAGUUAGUAAGUGAAGGAAGUGGAUAUGUCUUUACCAGUAGUAGCAGCAGCUUUGAUGGUGGUUUUAGCAUUUUUGUUGAUAAGGGUUGUGAACUGGGUUUGGCUAAAGCCAAAGAAGCUGGAGAGGUACCUGAGAAGACAAGGUCUCCCUGGAACUCCUUACACACCUCUUGUAGGAGAUGUUAAGAGGAAUGUUAACAUGUUGAUGGAGGCAAGAUCAAAACCAAUUACUCUAACGGAUGAUAUCACUCCACGUCUCCUUCCUCUUGCCUUGAAGAUGUUCAACUCUCACGGAAGGACGUUCUUCAUAUGGCUUGGACCAGUUCCAACGAUCAUGAUAACUAAUCCAGAGCACAUCAAGGAAGUUUUUAGUAAAGUGUACGAUUUUGAGAAGAAUGCUUCAUUCCCUUUGGUCAGAUUGUUAGUAGGCGGGCUUGCUAGCUAUAAGGGAGAUAAGUGGGCGAGACACAGAAGGAUCAUCAACCCCGCUUUUCACCUUGAGAAGAUCAAGAACAUGGUCCCUGCGUUCUACCAUUGUUGCAGCGAGGUUGUUGGCAAAUGGGACAAGUUAGUGUUGGAUAAAGGGUUGUCUUGUGAGGUGGAUGUUUGGCCUUGGCUUGUGAGUAUGACUGCGGAUGUGAUCUCGCAUGCUGCUUUUGGAAGCAGCUAUAGAGAAGGACAGAGGAUAUUUGAGCUCCAAGGUGAACUAUCUUCUCUCAUAGCACAAGAGCUUAAGAAGCCUUACAUCCCUGGACUGAGUUUUUUCCCAACAAAGAACAACAAGAGGAUGAAAGCAAUAGACAAAGAGAUAGACAUAAUACUGAGAGGUAUGGUGAGUAAGAGGGAAGCUGGAGAAGCAGAACACAAUGAUUUGUUGGGGAUAUUGCUUGCAUCAAGUUCGGAGGAAUCUGGAGGAAGUGGAAUGAGUGUAGAAGAAGUGAUGAGAGAGUGUAAGCUGUUUUAUUUCGCAGGGCAAGAGACAACUUCAGUACUAUUGGUCUGGACAAUGAUUUUGUUAAGCCAUCACCAAGACUGGCAGGAACGGGCACGAGAGGAAGUGAGGCAAAUACUCGGUGAUAACAUUAAUACAAAACCUGAUAUAGAUUCUCUUAACAACCUCAAAGUUAUGACUAUGAUCUUCUAUGAGGUUUUGAGGCUAUACCCUCCGGUAGCUGAGCUUCGAAGAACUGUAAACAAAGAAAUGAAGCUAGGAGAGAUUACACUUCCAGCUGGUGUCAGAGUCUAUAUACCAACUGCUCUUGUUCACCGUGACCCUGAGCUUUGGGGGGAGGAUGCAGGGGAGUUUAAGCCGGAGCGUUUCAAAGACGGUAUCUCGAAAGCAACAAAGAACCAGGUCUGUUACUUACCCUUUGGAUGGGGACUGAGGAUCUGCAUUGGUCAGAGCUUUUCUCUGUUGGAGGCAAAGAUGGCAAUGGCAUUGAUUCUACAGAGAUUCUCCUUUGAGCUCUCUCCUUCUUAUGUUCACUCGCCACAAAUAGUCAUGACCACUCGUCCUCAGUUCGGAGCACAUCUCAUCCUCCACAAGCUAUGAUAUGCUUUUUUUGUAUUUCCAUGGUGGUGUCAUCAAGAAUAAAGUGUGCUUAUGUAUUAUUUACUUGUUGUAAAAUAAGAGUAAGGAAACGUUAAUUGAAGAUUUGUAAUUUUUUUUGCUCAAGCUAUCAGUUUAUGUUACCUACCAUCGUCAAGUUUUUGUAAGUGUAAGAACAACAAUUUGAAUAGAACACUCUAUGGAAGAGA